AGAAAAAAAAAAAAAAAAAAAGUUCCAAAAUCAAAGCCUGAAAAUUGUUACCGUCAACAGAGUUUCACUGAUGGUUUUGUAAACCCCUUCAUUUUAUAGCUUUCACAAUCUCAGAACAUUUGUUCUUUCUGUAGCAAAACUACACUACAAACUUUAUCAGAGAUUCUAUACACAUUUGAUAUACCAUACUCGCUAUCAGUAAUCAAAUCAAUAGUAAUGCAAAAUUAAGAUUCAUGCGUAAAAAUAGUGCAAAAGCGAAAAAAACUAUGAAAUUUGAGUCUAUAGAAGAGGGUCUUGCGAGGUUGAAUAAUAUUCGUAUAUAUUUGUACAUUACGUUUGUUCGUUAUCAUCCAAAGAUGAAGAAGAUCUUCCUUGGAGUUAACUUCCUCAGAAUCAGAUGUGGAGCUUUUGUACUAUAAACAUCAAACCCCCAGCCAUUCAUUCCACUUUUUUUUUACAAAUUACAAGUAUGUAAAAGAUAUUUUUCUUAUAAUUUUUUGUUGACUAAUUUUUUAUAUAUAUAAUUUCGCUAGUGUAAAGGUACUUUGAAAUAUGAAUUUCCUCGAUGUCGAAAGUUAUGUUUGAUCGUUGAAUUUGAUGCGAAAAAGACGAGGAAGAAUGAUUUGAGGGAUAAGUAACAAAAGUCAGAUAUUUUGGGCUUUUCUAGAAUCUUAUGUUUGGGCCCAAAUUAAAUAACGGAUGAUUUAAUGGAUAAGUAAGUAGCAAAAGUCAGAUUGUUUGGGCUUAUCUAGAAUCUUAGGUUUGGGCCAAAAUUAAAACAACGGAUGAUUGAUGGAGGUCAGAUAUUUUUGGGUCUUUCUAGAAUCUUAGGUUUGGGUCAAAAAUUAAAUAACGGAAUAUUUGCUAGUUGUAAAAUUAUCGACUUACAAACCACUUAAAAACAGACACGUCUACAUAUACGCGUGGCUUGACCUCGACUCCAGUUUUUUAUUUUUCCUUAUAAAUAACCGCCUCCACAAAACGUGGUCGCUUAAUAGCUUUUUUUGUAUUCUCUCCAUUUGCUUAAUCUCAUUUUCGUUUCACCGCCGUCUCUCUCUAUAUCAAAAUGGGUCGCCGUAGCUCAGGAGGAAGAUCUGCCCCUCGCCCUCGUCCUGCUGCUGCACGCAGCCCAGCUCCUCAACCUGUACACCGUGCACCUCCUCCAGCUCCAGCUCAGGCCAGCGGUGGUGGUGGUGGCAUGUUCUCAGGCAUUGGUUCAACCAUUGCUCAGGGUAUGGCUUUUGGUACUGGAAGUGCAGUUGCACACAGGGCUGUUGAUUCUGUGAUGGGUCCACGAACCAUUCAGCAUGAGGCUGUUGAGGCUGCUUCUGCAUCUGCAGCCCCUGCUGGAAGCGCCAUGCUUUCUAGCACCUGUGACAUUCAUGCUAAGGCUUUCCAAGAUUGCAUCGGCAGCUAUGGAAGCGAGAUUAGCAAAUGUCAGUUCUACAUGGACAUGUUGUCCGAGUGCAGGAAGAACUCUGGUUCCGUGAUUGGUGCCUAGAGUUUCCAUUUCUCCUAUUUGUUUUAUCUUAAAGAAUUAUCCAGCUGUGAUGAUGCUGAGAAUUUGGAUAUGAUGAUAUGAUCAAAUAACAGUAUUAUGUUUCCAGAACCUGAAACUGCAUGGUUGAAGUCUUAUUAUGGGUAAUCGUUUUUAAGACUUGGGUUCUAUCCCUUUUUAAACAAAUAAUGCAAGUUUUUUUGUAAAGUCUUUUGGGUAUGUUUUGCUUUUUGUUAGCUUGGGAUGAAAAACGCCAACAUAUCAUCCUUUUACAAUGCUUUUAUGUCGUCCCGAUUUUGGAUCACAAGUCUGAUUUGAAUUCCUGGCUGCCAUUCCGAAACGGCGUAGUUUAAAUUGAGUCAACGUCUUUAAUUCCCUCAUACUCACCGUUUCCAAAAUCCUCCAGAAAGAGCGUAACUGCAUUCAUAUUGAUGAUCUUGAUUCUGAGUCCAACGCUGUUGUGGUUGUGUCCAGCUCCAUGACCUUCUCUAUUUAUUGAAAGAUGUUCCUUCUCAAAACCGGUUGUAUGUAUUCAACGAAAACUAUAUGGAUCGGAUCCAUUGGAUCCUUAUCAAAACCGGUUGUUUUGGAAGGUCUAUACAACUAUUUUUCUGUGCUUAUGUAACAAUAAUUUGUUCGGUACGAUUUUAG